AAAGUAACAAGGCAGUAGCUAGGACUAGACUAUUAAGAAGUAAGAACCUCGUCCCAGUUCUCAUUCUCUCUCUCUGUUUCUGUCUUUCUCUCUCCCCAAACUAUAUAAAUAUUAGUACAAUACGUGGACCAGUUUUUCUUGUCUUCUUUUUCACACAAUCUCUUUUUCUCCUAUUUUCUCUCAACACUUUUCUUGAUUACCCAUUUUCUUAAAUCCUUCAUUUCCCUCUCAUUCUUCUCAGUUCCAAUCAUGGAGGAGGCCAAUGUGCUGGAAGCUAAAGAUGGAACAAUUUCUGUGGCUUCUGCAUUUUCUGGCUAUCAGGAAGUUGUACAAGAUAGAGAUCACAAGUUUUUAACCAAAGCGGUUGAAGAAGCAUAUAAAGGGGUUGACUGUGAAGAUGGAGGCCCAUUUGGUGCAGUUGUUGUUCAUAAUGAUGAGGUAGUUGUAAGUUGCCACAACAUGGUUUUGAGAAACACUGACCCGACUGCACAUGCAGAGGUUACUGCAAUAAGAGAGGCCUGUAAAAAGCUGAAGAAAGUUGACCUCUCAGAGUGUGAGAUAUAUGCAUCUUGUGAGCCUUGUCCAAUGUGCUUUGGUGCUAUCCAUCUUUCAAGAAUCAAGAGGUUGGUUUAUGGAGCAAAAGCUGAAGCAGCUAUAGCAAUUGGGUUUGAUGAUUUCAUUGCAGAUGCAUUAAGGGGUACUGGAUUUUAUCAGAAGGCUAACUUGGAGAUCAAAAAAGCUGAUGGUUCUGGAGCUAUUAUUGCAGAACAAGUGUUUGAGAAGACAAAAGCAAAAUUUACCAUGUAUUGACUUUUUUUUUAGUUUCCUUGACAUUCAGAAAAGUCACUUACCCAAAGAAAACAUUGGGGCAAAGCUAUAAUAAUAAUAACUAAAAAGCCAAUUGUUGGUUCAACUGCCAUGGGAGUUCUGCACUACUCCAGAGAGAGAAGAUUCUAAAAUCACAAUCUGGUUUACCCAGUAGGGGCAUAAAAAUGAUGUAUAAUCUACUAUCCUUUGGAAAUUUGAUUUUCUAAUUUAUUUUUAUGGUUUAAUUUUUGGAGAAUGAA